UUCCGCUAGUUCUGAUAUUCGUCUGUGUUUACCUUCGAACGCAGUAUGGGUUCGGGAUCAGCAGUGCGAGUGGUAGAGUCCUGCCUCGUAGCGCCGAGCGACGAGACGCCGCGGCGAGGGCUGUGGCUCUCCCCGCUGGAUCUGGUGCUGGUCAAUCGAGGCUACACCCCGCUCGUCCACGUCUACGGCGCCAGCGACGACGUCGCCGGCUUCUUUGACGUGGCCAGGCUCAAGGAGUCCAUGGCGAAGGCGCUGGUGCCCUUCUACCCUCUCGCCGGCCGUCUCGCCCUGGAUCCCAACGGCCGCGUCGAGAUCGACUGCAAUGCGGAGGGCGCGCUCUUCCUGGUCGCCCGCUCCGACGACCACACCGUCGAGGACUUCUUCAGCGACCCGUCCCCGUCACCGGAGCUAACCAAGCUGUUCGCUCCUCGCGUUCAACCGCCGUCCAUUAUGUUGGCCAUACAGGUGACCUUCUUGAGGUGUGGCGGUGUCGUGUUCGGGACAGCGGUGCACCACGCCGUCGUCGACGGCUCCAGCAUGUUCCAUUUCACCCGGACGUGGGCGAGCUACUGUAGGGACGGCGAGGCCGCCGUGGUAGAGGUACCCCCGUGCCACGACCGCGCCCUCCUGCGCGCCCGCUCCCCGCCCGUCAUCCACCCGGAGACCGUCCCGAUGUUCUCCAGCAACCUGACCAUGCACGACUGCGUCGACCGGUCAGGGAAAUCCGUCCCCGCGACAGAGGUUUUCACCAUCUCCGGUGACCAGCUACGCGCCCUCAAGCGUCACUGCGGUGGCGCCAGCACGUUCUGCGCCGUGAGCGCCCUCGUGUGGCGGUGCGUGUGCGUGGCCCGCGGCCUGGACUCCGACGCCACCACGCGCUUGAAAUUCCGGGUGGACAUCAGGCGCCGCCUCACGCCGCCUCUCCCGGACGGCUACUUCGGCAACGGGGUCGUCAACGUGUUCGCCACCGCGUCCGUGAAGGACGUGGUCUCGGGGACGCUGGCCUCCGUCGCCUUCCGAGUUAAAGCCACGACGGAGCGGCUCAACGACGACGAGGUGCUGAGGUCGGCGGUGGACUACUUCGAGACGACGGCGGCGGAGAAAGGCAUGCGGGCGGCGGAGGACAGAGGGAACCUGCCGGAGACGGAGGUGAGGAUCAACAGCUGGUUCCACAUGCCCAUGUACGACACCGACUUCGGGUGGGGGAAGCCGCGCAUGACGACGCGGGCGGAGGCCGAGCGCGCCGGCUGGGUGUACCUGCUGGCUGCAGGUGGCGGCGGCGCGCGGGUGCUCCUCUCCUUGGAGGCGGCUACUCUAAGCAAGUUCGAGGUUGUUCUACGCCGAGUUCUAGUCACAGCCAGCGAACGUGCUAGACUCUGACGACCAAUGGCUUUGCUCCGGAUUGUCAUUUCUAGUGCGCAUGACAUAAUGUCACGGCAUUUGCUUCAGUCCCCCGA